GGAGGCCCUGCUGUAUCGUAACUGGAUGAAUUUGGUAGUGUGAGGUAGUGGACUGUAUUCUUGGGGUUUACAAAGUGCGGGCUUGGCAACAAGCCAUUUUUUUUCAAGCAGCGCAUGAAAUGAUUCAAAUGCUGUAACUUUGUCCCUUCCACCAGUAUAAAAGAGAUUUUCACCUCCACAGCAGCUUGUUUCAAAUGGAAAGUGCCCAAAGCAGCUGCUGCACCAAGGAUGCUGAAUGUCUGAGAAUUUUUUAGCUCACUUAUUGAGAAGAUGCAAGCAAAGGAAGUCUUGAGGAAUCUGCGGCUACUGGAAUUGGAUGAAUUUGGCCAGUUUUUUCGUACCAUCCCUCCACCAACACUGGUGGGAAUUGCUUCUUUUGCAGCUAUUGUAGCAUACUGGCUAACUACCAGACCCAAAGCCCUGAAGCCACCCUGCGACCUUUCACUACAGUCAGUAGAAAUUGAGGGUGCUGACCAAGCUCGUGGGUCGGUAUUAGGUGAUAGCCCUCAGCUUAUGACACACUACCACGAUGAUGCAAAAACCAUGUAUGAAGUAUAUCAACGAGGAUUACACCUAACAGGUGACGGACCUUGCUUAGGAUUCAGAAAACCCAAACACCCCUAUCAAUGGCUUUCUUAUAAAGAGGUCACAACUCGAGCUGAGGACUUAGGAUCUGGACUGCUCCAAAAAAACUGCAGGUCAUCACCAGACCAGUUCAUUGGUGUUUUUGCACAAAACAGACCUGAGUGGAUUAUUGCUGAGCUGGCAUGCUAUACUUACUCCAUGGUGAUAGUACCACUUUAUGACACACUCGGACCUGAAGCCAUUCGCUACAUAAUUAACACAGCUGAGAUUUCCACAGUUAUCUGUGACAAGGUAGAAAAAGCAAAAAUUCUUUUGAAGAAUGUGGAGAGGAAGGAGACUCCAGGCUUGAAGAUAGUCAUCCUCAUGGACCCAUUUGAGAUGGACUUGGUGGAGAUGGGAAAUGACUGUGGAGUGCAAAUACUGGCACUCCAGGAGGUGGAGAACCUUGGACAGAUGAACAGGCAAACUCCUGUGCCUCCACGACCUGAGGACUUAUCAAUUGUCUGUUUUACUAGUGGAACAACAGGGAACCCUAAGGGGGCCAUGCUCACACAUGGAAAUGUGGUAGCUGAUUUUUCAGGCUUUUUGAAAGUUACAGAGAGCCAAUGGCUGCCUACAUCUGAUGAUGUACAUAUUUCCUACUUGCCAUUAGCACACAUGUUUGAAAGGAUGGUACAGUCUGUAGUUAUAUGCCAUGGAGGCCGGAUAGGUUUCUUCCAAGGUGACAUUAGGCUCCUGUCUGAUGAUAUGAAGGCUCUUCAUCCAACUAUUUUUCCUGUUGUUCCAAGACUGCUAAAUCGAAUGUAUGAUAAGAUAUUUAGCCAAGCAGGCACACCAGUAAAACGCUGGCUACUGGAAUUUGCAGCAGGAAGAAAGGCAAUUGAAGUGCGAAAUGGCAUCAUAAGGAAUGACAGCCUAUGGGACAAACUCUUUUUCAAAAAAAUACAGGAUAGUCUUGGGGGAAAGGUGAGAAUGAUUGUCACAGGGGCUGCUCCUGCCUCUCCUGCUGUACUUGGCUUCCUGAGAGCAGCACUGGGUUGCCAGGUUUAUGAAGGUUAUGGACAGACUGAGUGCACAGCUGGAUGUACCUUUACCACACCAGGAGAUUGGACAUCAGGUCACGUUGGGGCACCGCUACCAUGUAAUUAUCUCAAACUCAUCGAUGUAGAUGAAAUGAAGUAUUUUUCUGCAAAAGGAGAAGGAGAGAUCUGUGUGAAAGGACCAAAUGUGUUCAAAGGCUACCUCAAAGACACUGAGAAAACAGCUGAAGCACUGGACAAAGACAGUUGGCUGCAUACUGGGGACAUUGGAAAAUGGUUACCUAACGGCACUUUAAAAAUCGUAGACAGAAAGAAACAUAUAUUCAAACUUGCACAGGGAGAGUACAUUGCACCAGAAAAAAUUGAGAAUAUCUACGUACGGAGUGAGCCUGUGGCCCAAGUGUAUGUCCAUGGAGAUAGUCUGCAGUCCUUCUUGGUAGGAAUUGUUGUUCCAGAUCCUGAAGCCACAGAAGCCUGGGCAAGGAAAAGGGGAUUUGAGGGAUCAUAUGCAGAACUAUGUAAAUCAGAGGGUUUGAAAAAAGCUAUUAUGGAGGACAUGGUGAAACUGGGGCAACAGGCUGGCCUUUAUUCAUUUGAACAGGUAAAAGCCAUCUAUCUCCACUAUGAAAUGUUCUCUGUCCAAAAUGGCCUGUUGACUCCAACACUAAAGGCUAAGAGGCCAGAGAUGAGAAAUUACUUCCGGAAACAAAUUGAAGAGCUUUAUGCUAAUACUUCAAUAUGAAAAUAUUUGGAAGAUGUCUCAUGAAGAACAUUCCUAUUCUCAUGUACUGAUUAUUUUUUGUGAAGUAAUCAUGACGUAUAAAUAUAAAAUAUAUUCUUUGGCAAUAUUCAGAAACCUAUUAAUUUUCUUCAGUCAACUGGAAGGUGUCUUGCUUAACAAUAAGAACUCUUGUGUAUAAUAAAGUUUUGCGCUUUUUUAAAGCUGCAGUAUGCUAGAGACAAUUUUAUAUGUUCUUCAGUGAUAUUUGCUUUGUUUAUAUGAGGAUGACUAAUAGCUUAAAAUUGAAAUGUACAUAUUUUGUAAAAUUGAAGAAUAAAAGUUAGGUUAAGGGUU